AUGUCCCCUCACUGUGCUGAAAUGACAAGCAGAGCAGAAAGAAAGAAUCACUCCUACUUAACAUUUGACUUAACAUGUAAAGAUUUCUACUUGUGAGUUAUUAUAGCUUGAUGAAGGGAAGGGUCCUGACAUAUUUCAGUCAUGGCUCCCAAAAAGAUGCCUCCGAAGAAGGGAGGAGAUGGACCAAAGCCGCCCCCUCUCAUCGGACGAUUCGGGACCUCACUCAAAAUCGGGAUUGUUGGAUUACCAAACGUGGGUAAAUCGACGUUCUUCAACGUGCUGACGAAGAGCCAGGCGGCGGCAGAGAACUUUCCCUUCUGCACCAUCGACCCGAACGAGAGUCGCGUGCCUAUUCCAGACGAGCGCUUCGACUUCCUCUGCCAGUAUCACAAGCCUGCCAGUAAGGUCCCAGCCUUUCUGAAUGUAGUGGACAUCGCUGGGCUGGUGAAGGGAGCUCACGCCGGACAGGGUUUGGGAAACGCCUUCCUCUCACACAUCAGUGCCUGUGAUGGGAUCUUUCACAUGACGCGAGCCUUUGAGGAUGAAGACAUCAUCCACGUGGAAGGCUGCGUGGACCCGGUGCGGGACAUUGAGAUCAUUCACGAGGAGCUCAGGAUGAAGGACGAGGAGAUGAUCGGCCCAAUCAUAGACAAGCUGGAGAAAACGGCCGUGAGGGGCGGAGACAAGAAACUCAAACCCGAAUACGACAUUAUGUGUAAAAUCAAGUCGUGGGUGGUCGAUGAGAAGAAACACGUUCGAUACUACCACGAAUGGAAUGACAAAGAGAUUGAGGUGCUGAAUAAAUAUCUCUUCCUGACGUCCAAGCCUAUGAUUUAUCUGGUGAAUCUCUCUGAGAAAGAUUACAUCAGGAAAAAGAACAAAUGGCUGGUGAAGAUUAAGGAGUGGGUAGACGCUCAUGACCCAGGCGCUCUCGUGAUCCCCUUCAGCGGAGGUUUCGAGAACAAAUACCAGGACAUGAGCGAUGAGGAGAAACAGAAGUUCUGCGAGGAAAAUAAAACCCAGAGUGUGUUGACCAAGAUCAUAAAGAGCGGUUACGCAGCACUGCAGCUGGAGUAUUUCUUCACUGCGGGACCUGAUGAAGUACGCGCAUGGACCAUCAGGAAAGGAACCAAGGCACCCCAGGCGGCUGGUAAGAUCCACACAGACUUUGAGAAAGGCUUCAUUAUGGCUGAGGUCAUGAAGUUUUCAGAUUUUAAAGAAGAGGGCAGCGAGUCUGCUGUUAAGGCUGCAGGGAAGUACAGACAACAGGGAAGGAACUAUGUGGUGGAGGAUGGCGACGUCAUCUUCUUCAAAUUCAACACACCCAAUCAGCCGAAGAAGAAAUGAUGUCAUUUUUAAGCCUGUCACAGAUUGGCUGGACUGUACCAUGUGGAAUGGGGGGGUGAGGUUAUGCUGCAGAUGUGGGGAAUUACCCAUGAGAUUCAUUCACAUUUGGCUUUGGAACAUUCAGUUCAUCGCGCGUGCACACACACA